UUUUCCAUUUUCAUGCAUACCCUUUUGUUUCCCCCUGUUUUUUUGUCCAUCCCGUUACCUUUCAUGUCUCUUUUUCCCGUUUCCUCUUCUGGGUCCUAUUGCUUGAUUUUAGGGAGAAUCUCCAACUGUUGGAAAGUUUCGAAUCUGUCUUGUCUCAUGAAAAUGUUGUUUCGAUUUGUGAUGCCAAUCAAAUGAAGGUUUUUGCUCUUUAUUUAAUUUUCGGGUGGAAGUAUAACUUUACUAUUCUCUAUGUGGCGAUGAUGAAUGAAAGUAUCUAAGGGUUGGAUCUAAUUAAAAAUCUCAGGGAGUUGUUUUCAAUGUUUUUUAUGUAUGAAAAUUUUGAGGAGGGGCCGUUUUUCCUUUUCUGUAAAAUGUUUUUUGUCUUAAUUUAUUAAUUGGACUUUUGCUGUAAAGAGCAGAGUUUUGGUUUUCAGGUACUGGCCAAUGUUUUGGCCAGCUGUGUAUUUUCCUCUCCCUUUUCUUUCUGUUUUUCAUAUGAUCCUUGUGUUGUGUCGGUUAAAUCUAAUGCAUGCAGCUCUGUUUUCGUGUUCCUUGGGGGUGCUUAUGUGUUGGAGUAUGUGGUGUCAGUUUUUAAUUACUUUUAUAUGAAUUUUAGUGCCGUUUUAAGUGGAGGUUUGGCUGGUGUUGGUAACGAGUGUGGAUUAAGCAACUUGUGAUCAUUGCAUAUGCUCUAAGCAUGUUUCUGAAAUUCACAUGCAUUAGCUCUUUCUUGUCACACUGCAGCAUGUGCAUCAACAUCUCACCAAUCCCCUUAGCAAGCAGUUUGUGAUGAAGACUGAAUAAUAAAUCCAUUUCUUCUAUGAGGUCAAUAAAAUCAUGGAGGUGGCCGACGGGAAAAAGGAGUGUCUUGCCUAAUGGGGAAAUCAAUUUUGAAGAUGAAGCAACUUCCUUUUAUGGUAGUUGUUUGUACAGUAAUGUUGUUUGUUGUGUAUAGGACUUUAAAGUAUCAAUAUUACGAAGAAGAGAUAGACAAAAGGUGGAGUUUCCAGGGAGAACAAGAGGCUUAUCCUGUUACUUCAGGAAAUCUGAAGGGCUUACCACGAGGUAUAAUACAUGAUACUUCAGAUUUGGAGCUUAGGCCUUUAUGGUCUCGAAGUAGUUUGAGGUCAAAGGUUAGUGUUUACUCCGAUCGCCACUUGCUUGCAAUUCCAGUUGGUAUGAAACAAAAGCAUAAUGUAGAUGCAAUGGUGCAAAAGUUUCUUCCAGAAAAUUUUACAAUUAUUUUAUUCCACUACGAUGCCAAUAUGGAUGGAUGGUGGGAUCUUAGUUGGAGUAGCAAGGCCAUACACAUAAUUGCUCAAAACCAAACAAAGUGGUGGUUUGCUAAAAGAUUUCUACAUCCAGAUAUAGUUUCUAUUUAUGAUUACAUUUUUCUCUGGGACGAGGACUUAGGGGUGAAGCAUUUUUCUCCAUCAAGAUACAUUGAAAUUGUGAAGGAAGAAGGAUUGGAGAUAUCUCAACCAGCUCUUGACCCAGAUUCUGGACAUAUACAUCAUAAAAUUACAGUUAGAGCUAAAACAAAAAGAGUUCAUAGAAGAGUCUAUGAACUCAGAGGCAAUACUAGGUGUUCAGAGGCAAGUACAGGGCCUCCAUGCACUGGGUUUGUGGAAGGUAUGGCUCCUGUUUUCUCUCGAUCUGCCUGGGAUUGUGCUUGGCAUCUUAUACAGAAUGACCUUGUCCAUGGAUGGGGAUUGGAUAUGAAAAUAGGAUAUUGUGCUCAGGGAGAUCGCACACAAAAUGUGGGAGUUGUUGAUGAGGAAUAUGUUGUUCAUAAGGGAAUACCAAGUCUGGGUGGCAGUGGGGAUCAAACAGCUAAAGUUUUGAGUCGUGGAAGGCCAACUCCGAGACACCGUGCCUCGGCCUUUGAUGAGCGAAUUGAGAUAAGAAGGCAAUCAACGUGGGAACUUGAAGUGUUCAAAGGCCGGUGGAAUAAAGCUAUUACUGAGGACAAAACCUGGGUUGAUCCAUUUACCAGUGAUGAAAAAAAACGCUUGAGACAUAGGAAGAAAAACAAUCGCUUCUCUUAACUUUCUUUUCACUAGGUUUGAUUUGUUAGCCAUUUCAUUCACAGGGCAAUUGGUACAAUUUAGUUGUUGUAGCUGAAUGAAUAAACACCUCAUUCAAAUUUUGGAAUCCUAACAUAUUUCUUUAUAUUCUUUUGUUCUUUUCAUUCAUCUCACAAA